AUGGCAAGCAAUUCGCUAGGUCGCAGCGUGGCCAAGGUGCUUGGUAUCAAUGUCGACUACCGCAAGGAAGAGCCGCUUCACUCUUCGGGUGCUUCUGUGUCGUCGGUAGAGACGUACGUCGAGAAGGAACCAACUGCUUUUGAGUACCUCUCCCAAUUCAAGCCAUCAGCCUCCGCUUUUCAACGAUACCUGAAGAGCCUGUUUCCAUUCUGGAACUGGAUCUUUCAUUACAAUGCAACAUGGCUGCUGGGAGAUGUUAUUGCUGGAGUGACAGUGGGUUUUGUGGUCAUACCUCAAGGCAUGGCCUAUGCGCUUUUGGCAAAACUGCCGCCUGAAUACGGUCUCUACACGUCUUUCGUAGGAUUCCUGCUCUACUGGGCUUUCGCAACAUCCAAGGACAUCACCAUCGGCACUGUUGCCGUUAUGUCAACCAUUGUUGGUAACAUCGUUAUUCGGGUGCAAGAGACAAAUCCUGAUCUCGCGGCCGAAACAAUCGCAAGAGCCCUUGCUGUAAUCGCUGGAGCCGUCCUUCUCUUUAUCGGUCUCACUCGGUUCGGUCGUAUAGUUGAACUUAUUCCUCUGGUCGCCAUCACCUCGUUCAUGACGGGUGCGGCCAUCAGUAUAGGAGCCGGCCAAGUCCCUGGUCUUAUGGGCAUCACCGGAGUCAACACCCGCGGUGCGACAUACCUGGUCAUCAUCGAUACUCUCAAAGGACUUCCGAGAACAAAGCUUGACGCAGCAAUAGGGCUGUCAGCCUUAGCGAUGCUCUAUGGGAUCCGUAUGUUCUGCAGUUGGAUGACGAAGAAGCAACCGCACCGAAAGAAGCUCUGGUUCUUCAUCAGCACCCUACGAAUGGCCUUUGUAAUCUUGUUGUAUAUCCUGAUCAGCUGGCUUGCCAACCGAAAUGUCAAAGGGGAUGCGAAGAAAGCUAAGUUCAAGAUUUUGGGCAGAGUACCUAGAGGGUUUCAACAUGCCGGAGCCCCGACGAUCAAUAAGGAGGUUCUUUCCGCCAUCGCUCCUGAUCUACCCGUCACUAUCAUCGUCUUGAUCCUGGAACAUAUCGCAAUCUCGAAGAGUUUUGGCAGAAUCAACAAUUAUGUGAUCAAUCCAUCGCAAGAACUUGUUGCAGUCGGCUUCACGAACUUGAUUGGCCCAUUCCUGGGCGCAUACCCAGCUACAGGCUCGUUCUCGCGUACAGCCAUCAAAUCAAAGGCAGGCGUUCGCACACCUCUCGCAGGAAUUUUCACCGCGGUGAUUGUCCUCCUCGCUCUAUACGCCCUCACUGCUGUUUUCUUCUACAUUCCUAGCGCAGGUCUUUCUGCUGUCAUCAUCCAUGCAGUGGGUGAUCUCAUCACCCCACCUAACGUUGUCUAUCAAUUUUGGGAGACUUCGCCACUAGAGGUCAUCAUUUUUUUUGCUGGUGUCUUCGUGACUGUCUUCACCAACAUCGAAAACGGCAUAUACGUCACAAUUGCCGCGUCCUUUGCGCUCCUGCUGUGGCGGCAGCUUUUCACACAUGGCGCCGUGCUUGGCAAGGUGCGAAUCUACCGCGCCACGCCCGAUACCAUCGCCAAUAAGGAGACCGAUGGCUCUGUUCCUAGCGUCCGCGAAGCCUAUCUGCCAAUCAACCACAAAGAUGGUAGCAACCCUCAGAUCGAGCCAGAAUCGCCCUACCCUGGCAUUGUCAUCUUCCGAUUCACGGAAGCGUUUUCUUAUCUCAACCAACAAGGCUACAUGGACGAGCUGGUCGCCCAAGCUCAACACGUAGCACGGCCCGGUACGCUCGACCGCUACUCCAAACUCGGCGACAGGCCAUGGAACGAUCCUGGGCCACGCCGUGGGCAACAGGUCAACACGGAUGACCAUCGACCCGUGUUGCGCGCUAUCAUUCUGGAUUUCUCAGCUGUGAACCACAUUGACGUGACUUCGGUCCAGGGCCUUAUCGACGUUCGCAAUCAGCUCGACCGAUACGCGCACCCCGAGCCCGUUGAGUGGCACUUCGCCUCCAUCAAUAGCCGCUGGACGAAGCGCGCCCUCACUACUGCUGGUUUCGGCUACAUUGACUCUGAGCGCUUCAAUGCCCGUCGAUCGCACCACUGGAAUCCCGUGUACAGCUUUGCGUCGCUCGAUGUUUCGAAGCCAUCCCCGGCGCGCGAUCCCAAGCACCCUGAUAUUGAGGCCGCCGACCAUAUUGGGCAAUCCGGCGGGCCAGUGGGGUUCGCGGGGAAGCUCAGCACAGUCCACGGGCAGAACAGACCAUUCUUCCACAUGGACGUACAGGCUGCGGUGGAAAGCGCGAUUGCGGGUGUAGAGGGAAGGUUGGCAGUCAUUGCUUCCGAGACUACCAGUGAGGAGGGCGCACGUGUAAAAUCGGAGUAA